AUGUCAUCCUUAUUACGAAGUUUUAAAAAGCUCCCUCGAGUGAAAUUAAAAAUAAAGAGAAAUAAAGAAUAUGAAAGAAAUUUAAAUAAUUUAGCAAACCUAUCAAAUCAUGAAAAGUUAAUAAGAAUAGAUAUAAACGGAAAGGUCAAGAAAUGUAGUCGCUAUUUUUUUAAUAAAAAUAAAUAUAUUUAUAUAAAUAAUAUAGAGGAUAUCAAAAGAUUUGAUGAAACUAAAAAUAUAAAUAUAAAUAACAAAAAUAAUAUAAAUCUUAAAUAUGACAUAUAUAAUAUUCAUAAUAAUACCUUGGAUAUUAAUAGGAACUAUCAACCUAAAAAAGAAAGUAUAAAAAAAGAAAAUAUAAAAAAAGAAAAUAUAAAAAAAGAAAAUAUAAAAAAAGAAAAUAUAAAAAAAGAAAAUAUAAAAAACGAUAAUAUAAAAAAAGAAAAUAUAAAAAACGAUAAUAUAAAAAAAGAACAUCAGAGUUUUAAAAAAAAAAGAAAAGAAGAACAAAAAUAUAACAAUUUUAUAAGUACAUAUAAUUUAACACAAGACGAAAUUAUAUAUAUGAGAUUUAUUCAUAAAAUUAAAAUAAAAAAUAUUUUUGCACUUAUAAAUAAUAUAAGAAAAAAUAUAUAUAUUAAUAAAUCUCAAGCAAAUAUAAUAUUAAACUGUAUUUAUAAAUAUUUAAGAAUCCAUUGUUAUACUUUAUCAAAAGAUGAAUUCUUUUUUUUUCUUUAUAUAUUUCCACAACAUGUCAAAUAUUCAUCCAAAGUUUUGUCUUACCUCAUUAACCUAUUACAAGAUAGGCACAGAAUAAGAGGCUCUACACAAAUGAAUGUAUGUUAUAAUGAAAUGAAGAAGGAAAACAACCAUGAUAAAAAUAAACAUGAACAUAAUCAUAAGAAUAAACAUGAAGAUAAUCAUAUAAAAAAACAUGAAGAUAAUCAUAAGAAUAAACAUGAAGAUAAUCAUAAAAAUAAACAUGAAGAUAAUCAUAUAAAAAAACAUGAAGAUAAUCAUAUAAAAAAACAUGAAGAUAAUCAUAAAAAUAAACAUGAAGAUAAUCAUAUAAAAAAACAUGAAGAGAACCACCAAAAUAACCUUUAUGAUAACCACCAAAAUAACCUUUAUGAUAACCCCCAAAAUAACCUUUAUGAUAACCACCAAAAUAAUCUUUAUGAUAACCCCCAAAAUAACCUUUAUGAUAACCCCCAAAAUAACCUUUAUGAUGAUGAUACUUAUUCUUGUACAAAUUUGACGAUGAGCCAGUGCAUCAAUCUCAUAUGUGAAAUUAAUUUAUAUUAUCUAAAUAUUUCUAUAAAAAAGUUAUACUUUGAUUAUCUAAAUAAAUAUAUGAAACACAUAAAAGUUGAACACAUCUUCGAAUUAUUUACAGAAGGAUGUUAUCUCUUCUUAUUACCAAAUGAAGAAACCAAAUCUAAUUAUAUCUAUGCUCCCAACAUAUUCCUUAAAAAAUUGAAAAAUUAUAUUUCAAGUAACGACUUCCUAAUUCAUAUAAAUGACAAAACAUUAAAUAGAUAUAUAAAGUUUUUAUCAUAUCAUCUUUCAAACAAUAUUUAUGUACAUAUCCUUUUUAAUGAUUUAUAUAUUACUUUACAUAAAAAAAUAUUCAUAAAUAAUUAUGACAUGCUCAUCAAAGAUUAUAAAAGCACAGCUGAUCAUAUCUUAUAUUUAACUAAUAAAAAUGAAAACCUGAAUUAUCUGAACACCAUACUUUUGAACAAUGAUUAUUCUGUAUAUAACAAAAAAGAAAACAAGGAAAAAAGACAAAGUUUGAAAAAUGUAAAAGUAAAAAUAUUCUCAUCACAUCUAAAUUAUAAACAACAUGCUACAAACAAAAAUGUAAACGAUCCAAGGCAACAACAGAAACAUAACAAGGAUGAUUCGUAUGAUAAUACAUAUGAACAAAUGAAAAACAAGAAAAAUAAAAUAUAUCCUAAUGAAUAUAUAACAACACAUAUCUUACAAAAUAAUUAUGAACAAAAUUUAUAUUCUUGUGAAAAAAAAGACGACACAUAUAUUAAUGACAUAUUUGAUGAACACAAAAGAGAACAGACUUAUGAAAAAAAAAAUACAAAUUAUGAUAUUUUUAGAGAUUCUUAUAAAAGGAAAAUCAAACAAGAAAAAAACAAAAAUAUAUAUAAAUAUCAAGAACAACCAUUAGAUAAAGAAAAAAACAAAAAAAAAAAAAUUUUUUAUAUUAAUUAUGAAAAAGGGAAUGACAAACAUGAUAAUGAUUUAUAUUAUAAUAAUAUAUAUUCUAAGAGCUUAGAAAAUAACCAAAAUAAAAAUUAUAACAAUAAUAAUAAUAAUAAUAAUAAUAAUAAUAAUAAUAUUCAUCAUCAUUUUGAUAAAUAUAAUAUACCUUGUACAAACACAAAUGUUUCCUUAUUCCAUGAUAAAGAAAAAUUAUUUCUUUUUACAUAUGCAUAUGAUAAAAUUCAAACAUAUACUUAUGAAGAAUUAAAAUCAAAAUAUAAAAUAUCAACCAAAAUUGUAGAUAAAAAUAUUAAAGUGUUUCUAAAAUUUUUAAAAAAUUAUAAUAAUAAUGAAAAUACAUAUGUAGAUAAUAUUAUUUCUAAAAAAAACAUUUUUCAAUUGUUAGCUAGUAUGAAAAAUAAGGUAACAAACAAGACAAACCCUCACAAAGAUAUAUAUCAAUUUAUUCAUUCAUGGUAUCAUAUUAAACUUGCGCAUCAAAAUAAAGAACAUUCCUUUCAAGAUGACACAUAUGUAUCUUUAAUUAAUAAUUUGUAUGAAAAGUAUAAAGUACAACAUAACAUCAUGACACAUCAUAUUAUUAAAAUGGAUGAUAAAAAAGAAGAUAUACAUUUGAUGGGAAAUAAUAAUAUGUUAUUAAAUAAUAAUAUGUUAUUAAAUAAUAAUAUGUUAUUAAAUAAUAAUAUGUUAUUAAAUAAUAAUAUGUCAUUGAAUAAUAAUAUGUUAUUAAAUAAUAAUAUGUCAUUAAAUAAUAAUAUAAAUACUUCAUUUAACCACAUAUAUAACAAAAUAGAUGACACAUAUUUCAUUCAAAAUAACUAUAUAUCAAAUGAACAAGUACAAAAUUAUAAAAAUGAAAAGAAUACAAAUAUGAAGCAUUAUAAUGAAAAGAAGCUUUUUAUUUAUCCUAUUUACUAUUUAGAAGAUAAUAAAUAUUUUUUAAAUCUGGUAAAUAAUAUAUUCUUUAAUAAGAACUAUAAUAAUACAUUUUUUUAUACAUGUCAAAUUAAUAUUUUAUCAAAGGGUUUAUAUUAUUUUUUAAAUUAUUAUACAUUGUUAAUAUCUAGUAAUUAUCGAACUGAACAAAUAAACAAGGACGAUAAAAAAUGCAAUAAUAAUAAUAAUAAUAAUAAUAAUGUUGCGCAUCCUUUAAUAAAUCAUUUUACAACUACCUUUUAUGAAAUGAUCACAUAUUUAUUAAAAAAUAUAUAUCGUAUACACAUAUCCAAAUUUUUCUAUAUAUUUGUUGCCUUGUCAAAAUUUUUUCUUAUGAAUUCUUAUCACCCCAACAAUACGAACAAAAGGACGAAUUUUAUACAUAUGGAAAAUGUAUUAUAUAUUUUAUAUAUAAUAAGAAAAAAUCAAUAUGAACAUGUUAAAAGCAUAUUGUAUGAUAAAAGUAACGAGAAUUAUUUUAGGUUUAACGAAAAUAAGGAUAUCAAAAUGGAGAAUACAAAUAUGUUAUACAAUAUUAUAUUGAACAACUUUGCUACAGAAGAUCGUGAUGAAUUCAUGACGCUCCAUAAAAACAAUGAAGAUAAUAAUAAAAUAGUAAUAGAUAAUAUAAAUAAUGUAGAUAAUAUAAACGAUUUAAUCAAGUCGUAUCGUUGUGAUAAUAAAAAUGUAGAUACUGCUUCUUUACAUAAUAAAUUGUAUAACGGUUUACAUUUCCUAAUUAUGUGCUUAAACAAUUAUUUAGAUAAUACAAAACAUUUUAAAAUAAAGCACUUUUUAAUUUCUUUCUUUUAUAUAAAUAAAAUAAUACCGUCUCAUAUGAAACACAUGUAUCAUCUAGAAACAUAUCUAAAUAAAAAUCACAAGAAUUAUAAGAAUAAGUUUUUUUAUAUAUAUAAUGGUUUGGAUUUACUAAAAAAAUCCUAUUUAGUACAUAUAAAAAAAUUAUAUAUACAAUCGCAUAAUAAUAAAAAGAAGAACAAUAUUGUUAAUAGAACUGUUUAUAAUAAUUUUCUGUAUAAACAUAAAUAUAAUAUUUAUGACAAUAUAGAUUAUAUUUUUAUAAAAAAAAAAAAUUUAUUUUGUUAUACAAAUCAUGUGUCUUUAUUAUAUUUUACAUACAUAUAUAGCUUGAAUAGAUUUUAUUAUUCUACUUUAUAUUAUAAUAUAUCAAAAUGUUUUUAUUACAAAAUAAAUAUGGAAAAUAUACAUUUUAAAGAUAAAAUAAUUUUGUUUUUUAUAUGUACACAAUGUAAAUAUAUAUAUAUACAAUUUUUUAGAUUAUUAUUACAAAGCAUUUUCUCAUCUUCUGAAUUUAAAAAAGUAGGAAAAUUAAGUCUCUACAUAAUAUCAAACAUAAUAUUACUCUUAGUUACAAAUAGUAAGAUGAAGCUAAAUAUAAAAAAAAAAAAUAUGCUAUACAAACAUAUUUAUUCAAAUAAUCCAAUUAUAAAUAACAAUAAAAAAACAAAAAUACAUACAAAUAAUAAUCCUAUAUCAAAGAAUUUAUUUAUAUCUAACAAAUUCUUGAGGAUCCAAUGGAAGUAUAUCUUCCCCAUGGAUUUAUUUAUCUCAUCCAAUUUGUCACAUCAAACGGAAUUAAUAAUAUCCAAACUUGAACAAAAUAUUUUAAACAUAGACAAUAAUAAUAAUAAUAAUAAUAUAAGGGAAAAAAAAAAAAAAAAAAAAAAAAAAUAUUAUGAUUACGAAAAUAUAGAAAAAUUAUUCUACUCAAAAGAAAAACUUAGGAUAAAUAAAAUGAAUAUAUUAAAAAUAAAACAUAUAAAAAAUGAACAAAAUGAAGAAUGUUCACAAAAUGUAAAAAAUAUAAAAAGCUCCAAUAUUAAUUUAUACAACUUCAAAGAUGAACUAUUUACACACAUCCCAUUCUUAAUCAAGCAGUAUAAAAAAUAUAUUAACAUACAUGAAAAAAAUAAGGGUAUCAAUAAUAAAGUACAAAAUUUUAACCAAAAGAAUCAUCUCAUUUCUCACACAUUUAAUAAAAUUGAUGAAUCUUCUUUUAUUUAUUUUGAUGAUCAUAUAGAACAAGAAAUUUUUACUCUUUGUCAAAACUUUUUAUCCUAUGAUUAUGUUACUACCAAUUUUUCCAUAUCAAAGAAAUCCCUAUAUUUUGAUUUACUAAUGUAUUUAAAGGGUUCAAAUUUUUAG